AAAUAUUAGUGUGGCACGUUAGUACGUGUUCCUCCUAAAACUAAAGGUAAAGAUAAAAGAUUCAAUGGGAGGCCCCCUCUUUGCGAGCUGAUAUAAAACUAAAGGACCUCACUUUCUCCCUGGCAAAACCGAUAAUAAUGUGUAGCAAGUGUCAAAGUAUACCGUGAAAAUUAGGACUUAUCUAAGUUAGUACAUCAAAUUUAAAUUAUUUUAUUUUUUAAGUGUUUAGGAUAAUAAAAAAAGUCAUCUACAGAAAUGCAUUUCUUACUAGUCUGUAUUGUGACUGGAUCUCUUGGACAGAUCGUAGCGUCCCAAGAAGCAAUAAAAAACAUCAGUUUGAAAGCUCCCGAGUAUAUUUUGCCUUGCUACAGACAUGAUCCGGAUAUAGAUAAUUGCUUAGAGGGUACAUUUAACCAUUUAAGACCGUAUUUGGUAAAUGGCUUGGAAGAAAUAAAUGUACCAGCAAUCGAUCCAUUAUUCAUCCAGAGACUUAUAAUGGAAAAUGGACAUGGCCCGUUUAAAAUCAAAGCUUUAUUUAAAAAUGUUACAGUCAAAGGUCCAAGCAAUUACACUGUUGGUAGGAUUAAAUCCGAUUUGGACAACUACAUCUUGGACGUAGACCUUAAGUUACCCGAAAUAGAAGUCAGUGGAAAGUAUGAAGUUGGGGGGACAGUACUCCUUUUCCCCAUUAGAUCUGCUGGAGACUUCUGGGCAGCAUUUAGUGAUGUAAAUGCAACAGCGAAAAUAUAUGGAAAGGAGGUUGUUAAUAAGGAAGGACUCAAAUUCAUGAGGAUAGAAAAAUUAAAUAUUGAUUUUGAUUUAGAUAAAAGCAAGUUCAAGAUUAGAGAUUUGAUUAAUUUGGGAAAUUUAUUAGGUGCUGCUAUCAAUCAAUUUUUAAAUACGAAUGGGCAUGAAAUCAUUGCAGAAAUGAAGCCAGCAGCUUCCAGGAGUAUAUCCGCCCAUUUUAAAAGCUUUCUCAAUGCAGCUUUCUUAAAAGUACCAUUGCAAGUCUGGUUGCCUGACACACAACCCAGUUAAAGCGUUUAAACGAGCUAUCCAAAGAGUAUUUUAUAUUUUUACGUGUAAUACAAAAAGUAUUUGUGUAUACAAAUUUGUUUGCUGUUAAAAGGAGGUUCUUGUAAUUAGUUUUCUUAUUUUUUUGUAGAAACAUUGAGGAAUGUGUGUAAUAUGAACGUAAAUUUCAAAAAAAAUAAGCGAACGGAAAAUUAUUUGUAUGAAUACCUAUUUGAUAUCCAAAUCUCAAUAGUAAAUGAAUAAAUUAGAUAAUUAAUUGUUUCUCAUAAAACUUUUAUUCGUCAUUACUAUUUUUUAUGUAUAUUGUUACAACUAUGUAUUAAGUACCCAGUAGAACUUCUUGUCACUAUUCAUAAGAUUCUAAUUAAUCAACAUAAUGCUUACCUAUUUUUCAUCUUAAAGGAAUUAUUAGAUGGUAUUAUCCAUUGAACGACAUUAUUAUGAACAAAAAGUAGAUUAGUACUGUCUAGUAACUGCAUGAUUGUGUGAUAAAAUGUAAUAAUCUUGUUAAAUCAUCAAACAAUUUUU